ACAUAAAACCCUCAACAUUUCACCAUCUUUUUUGUUUUUUUAAUUCUUCACCCAACAGUAGCAUCUUCUUCUUCUUCUUCUUGUUCUUCUUACUCUUACUAUUCUUUCCCCAUCAUUUUCCAUAUCAUGCUCACCGGAGUUUCCCCUAGCUCCGGCGACUCUUCCGCCGCUUCACCGGUUCAACCCACCUCCACCGCCGCCGCCGCCGAGCUAGGAUUCAGUGAAGAUGAAAGAGGAAAAACUGACGACGGCGGCGGCGGAGGCGGCGGCAGGAGUUCCGGGGGAAACCGGUGGCCGCGGCAGGAGACGCUGUAUUUACUUAAAAUACGCUCAGAUAUGGAUGUAGCGUUCCGUGAUGCUAGCCUCAAAGGCCCCCUAUGGGAAGAGGUUUCUAGGAAAUUAGCUUCGCUUGGCUUUCAUCGAAGUGCGAAGAAAUGCAAGGAGAAAUUCGAAAAUGUUUAUAAAUAUCAUAAAAGGAUUAAAGAAGGAAGAAGUUCAAAAGCAGAUGGAAAAACCUACAAGUUUUUUGAACAAUUACAAGCUUUAGAAGGUAGUCCUUCUGCCGCCGGUAACCACCACCAGCCACCGCCGCCGCCGUUGCCGCUACCGCUACCGCCUCCGGUUGUAUCGAAACCGGCUCAAGUUACAAUCACAUCAAUGCCUUCUGUUGCAACUCCGUCGGAGUUGCAACAGAAUAAUGUGGAUCCGAUCUCGGUUGCGGCGCCGGCGGGGGCGGUGGCGGUGGCGAUGAAUGUGAAUGUUAAUAAUGCGGGUGGGUUUCCGUUUUCGCAAUUGAAUGUGUCGGAGUCGAAUUCGAGUGGUUCUUCGAGUUCAUCAGAGGAGGAGGAUGAGGUCGUACCGGAGAAGAGGCGAAAUCGAAAGCGGAAAUGGAAGGAGUUUUUCGGGAGGUUGAUGAAGGAGGUGGUGGAGAAACAAGAGGAGUUGCAAUCGAAGUUUUUGGACGCGUUGGAUAGGCGAGAGCGCGAUCGGAUGGCGAGAGAGGAAGCGUGGCGGAUGCAGGAAAUGGCGAAAAUGAAACGAGAACACGAAUUGCUGGUUCAAGAAAGAUCCAUGGUCGCUGCGAAAGACGCGGCUGUUGUUACUUUCUUGCAGAAAAUUACGGAACAGAAUCCGAAUACGGUUAUACCACAAAUGCCCGCAAUGCAGUUAUUGCAACAACAGCAACAGCAGCAACAACAACAACAACCGACACAAGUGGAACAAGCACCAGCACCACCAGCACAACCGACACCACCAAUGCAACAGCAACCACCGCCACAACUACAACCACAACCACAGCAACGAACACCGCCCGCCUUAGCAGCUACACCUGUAUCCGUGCCUGUACCUGUACCUGUUCAUGCUCCACUACCUCUGGCGGUGGUGAAGAAUCCCGAAAUCGCGACCGGAGAGAACACGCUACAACCGAGCCCAUCACGAUGGCCGAAAGCGGAAAUUAACGCACUCAUCCAGAUUCGAACAAGUCUCGACACAAAAUACCAAGAUAGCGGACCGAAAGGGCCGCUAUGGGAGGAGGUAUCGACAGCGAUGAGAAACCUAGGAUACAACCGGAACGCGAAACGGUGCAAAGAGAAAUGGGAAAACAUCAACAAGUACUACAAAAAGGUUAAGGAAAGCAGCAAGAAACGCCCCGAGGACUCGAAAACCUGCCCGUAUUUCCACCAGCUGGACGCCAUUUACCGCGAAAAAGCAGCAAGUGGCAGUAGUAGUAAUAAUAAUAGUAAUAGUAACCCGGGUGGUCUCAGCAUAAAACCCGAAACCCAAAUGGCUAUAAUGGCCCGACCGGAGCAGCAAUGGCCACAUCCGGCCGUAGUUCAGCAACAACAACAAGCACACCAGUAUCAGCAGAAACAACAACAACAACAACAACUGCAGCAACAGAAUGCAGAUCUGAACGAAGAUGAUUACGACGAUGAAGAUGACGACGACGACGAUGAAGACGAAGAAGGGGGUGAGUAUGAGAUUGUUCCAAACAAGACAUCAUCAAUGGCUUCAGCUGAAUGAAUGAAAUAUAUAGAAAAAAUGGAAUAGAACACACUGCAGAUGUGGGUCAUGAGUUGCAGAAAUUGUCCAGUGGGUAAACGGGUCGGGUUGCGGGUUGAGUUUUGGAUACUUGAAACAACAAGCACAUGUGGUGGGGGAGGGUGGUGUGACUGUAACAUUGUAAGUUUUUGUUUUUUUUACAGUGGUAUACUGUGGUUUACUUUUUUUAUGAUUUAUUUAUUAUUUUGCAAGAAUAAAAUAAUGAGGGAGAUAUAGAAUCAAUCAAAUAAUUUAAUAAAAAAAAUUAAAUUGUAAUUUUGUAAUUUUGUAUUUUUGUUGAUGGGGUGUAAAUGUGAGAGAUACUUUUCUUUUAUAUUUAUUUAUCAGCAUUUAUGUUUGCAUUAUUAUUA